AAGACUCGAUACGAUAGGUCGAUAGGAUUGUAGAAAAAGACUCGAUAUGUUGUGCUGCCAGACUGAUCAAGGCAUCAUCGGGAGUUCUUAGGAAUUGUUUUGGUAUUUUCAAUAACAACUUUGUGGCAACUUAUCUUUGUGGCAUGUGGCAAUACAGAGAAAUACAGAGGCUGGAGUUUGAAAAGCUGCAACAAUCGAUCGGAUCGCAAAAUGGAAGCAACAAUGAAAAGGUACCAAGCUACCUACAUGUACAUGUUCGUGACGCUAGUACGCUAGUACGCUAGUACGCUAGUACAACAAAAAUACUACAUACAUUUGUACAUCAAUGUGUUGAGGCUGAAAUGUCGAACUGCACUGUCGAACAUUGUUUCGUUUUUUGGAUCCAAGUCACAUUUUAUCGACUGGGACUGUCAAGUCCCAGAUACGAGUUCGAUACAGCUGGAUACAGUUUUAGUCAUUAAAGUCCAUACGUUGGGACUUACCCAGCUGAUAUCUUUAACAAUGGGCAUGCUGAAUGCUGUCAUGAUUUUAUGGUGUGCCAUGCUGAUGGUGGCGCAACCAGGGAAGGGCCAGGGCCAGGGCCAGGGCCAGGGUACGUGGGGCAUGCUCUCGGAUGAUGACCAUGCCAAAGUCAAAGAUACGGGAUCGUGGAUGAGUGAAGAAACUGACGGAACCACCAUGGCCAUGCCAACAGGCAGUCCAGAUGAGGAUUACAACAUUUUUGGCGUUACCGAAGCAGCACCUAAAGGCAGAUUGACCAUCACAUAUGCACCCCAGAUCCGUGAGCCUCGCUUUGGCUCAUCGAAUGGACGUGACACCGAUUUAGAGCGCCAAGUGACAUUGGCUCAAUUGGCGCCAAGCGCCGCAAAUUAGCGCUGAUGCAAAAACGUCGCCACCUCGCUUCGGGACAAACGCUGCAGUCCAUCAAGCAGAAUCCUUUGAUGAAGAUCCAAGCCCCUGAAGCCACCGAAGCCCCUGAAGCCACCGCCAACUCAAACGCUUCUGAUGUGCCAUUUGUAUAUUACAACAAGGUAGAGACGCCAGCCAACAAUGCUGAGAUCAAGGUGUUCGAAAUGGUGUCCUCCAAAAUGUCGAUUGAGACCUUUCAGCUGAAACCCUUUGCGCACUCGAAACCGAGAUCAGGAUUUCCUCAGGAUAUGAUUGGAGUUCCGUUCUCGGACACUCUCGAGAAUGGAUCACAAGGUAACCACUCGUCCGAGCACAAUCGAUGUCGCUACUAUUCGAUGUAUGACAUGUUGCAACCGCUAUUGGAACCGCUGUUGAACAUCCUGCCAACAAAAUUGGUGACACUGACACAGAAAACCACUGAGAAGCCCAGCCCAGAAGGACCAGUUGUGAAGAAGGAGACAGCCUGGAAGCAGUCACCUUUUGAUCUGCACAAAGGCCCAACAAUUGAAAACCAGUCUCCCCUUGUCACGUACAACAGCAGCGAGGUGGGAGGACACAUCGGUGGGUGCUGAAUCCCUGAUUC